AUGUCCGUGUCGAAGUCGAGCUGGAAACCCCUGGCGGGCAUCGGUAUUCUUGUGAUCCAAUACGUUCAAACGGCAGGAGUCCUCAAGCAUUACCUAAUUCUGUUCACCGUCAUUGGGUGCAAUGACGGAGAUUCUGGUGGGAAGAUGUUUGGUGGCAGCAGGGUCUUACGACAGUGCCCGCUCCAACAUGCGGGUGUCUCCCCAACCUGUGCCGCGGUGAACUCGGCUAGGCUAGCCCUGACGGGCUUCGUAAAGAGUUUCCCGGGGUAUGAAUAUUUUUGCAAUCCACAUUACACCUUCGGACGAAUGUCCUCGCCGCGUAGUCACCCGUGGUUAUCACUUCCGCCGUGUGAAGGUUGAUACUACUUAGUAGUAGCCACAAAGACGGAUCCAGUCCGGCUUCGGCGUGACAUAACUCUCCGCGUCAUAAAGGCGGGUACAGUCGAAUCUUGAGCAAGCCGACGGUCCAGUGCAUC